AUAGGUGUAGAUGUAGCCUCUUCGCCUUCCGCCAACGGCCGACCAACCUAGUGUUAGUGGCCAAAGCAAGCAAUUGAUCUCUAAUCCGGCGAUUGCGUCCCGGCGGCGGCCUGACUGUCUCUCUGGAGUUGGAGAGACACGCACGUUUUGUGCAGAUGGGCAAUAUUGUGCUUCUACUAUUGUGGAAUUUUCUACAUUUUGUCUUUAGUAUAUGGUACUUAGCACUUGGUGUGGUUUAUGUGCUCGAAAGCUAUGUUAUUUCAAGUGGUUUAUUGAAGAGGUAUGAAGACCUUAAUUUAGAAAAACUCCAGUACCUGGCAAUUGUUGUAGAUAAUGAAGCAGCUCACCAGAUUUCAAGAAUUGCUGAGCUUCUGCAGUGGCUGGCAGCUAUUGGUGUGAAGAAUGUCUGCCUGUAUGACAAUGAAGGAGUGUUAAAGAGAUCCAAGGAAGAGGUCUUGGCGAGACUGUCUGUUGCACAAAUGCUUGAGGAAGCUACUAAACAUGUUCCACUUGUUGAACCAAGACACUUAAACUUGGAUUUUGCCUCCUACUCUGAUGGGAAAGAAGCAGUGGCUAGAGCAGCAAAUUCACUGUUUGUGAAACAUUACUUGCUCGGAGACCAGAAGGAGCCAAUCCUCACCGAAUCAGACGUAGCUGAGGAACUAAAAGCAGUUGGUUCUGGAGGGCCAGACCCUGAUCUGGUACUAGUUUAUGGGGCUGCAAGAUGCCACGAAGGCUUUCCAGCAUGGCGAAUGCGGUACACUGAGAUUGUACAUAUGGGACCCUUGAAGACCAUGAAAUACGGUUCCCUGGUAAAAGCAAUUUGGAAGUUCACAACGGUGAGGCAGAACUAUGGUAAAUGAGAGAGUUGCUUUUGGAGGAGACUGGCUUCUUACACCAUUUGGCAGCAGUAUAGAAAAAGCGGAAAAAUGAAGUAUAUAAUAUAUUUAGCAGACAUUGUUGUCAAACUUAUGAGUCAACUUGUAUGAGUUUACGAGUUGUAUAGCUUUAAACGAGUCAAUUUACUUAUAAACUCGGAUUUUUAUAGAAUCGGAGUUAACUCGUGAUUCAAUAUUAUAAAUUCAGUCUGAAAACUCGUAAACUUGCA